CGCGACCGUAACGCUACAUACUGACCGAUGUUAACAUACAGUUACUGUAAACGGCGUUAAAUUAAUGCAGUAUCUAAUUUGUUGUUAUGUGUAGUAAUUGUGAAUAAAACAUGUUUUUACUGGGCAGCCGGAUGUAUGUUAAAUGUUCAAGAUGCCAUUUUGCUUUAUGUUUGAGAGAAGCGCAACGGUGUCAGAGUUCUGCAGCACCUCUGGAACAGGCCGACUUCUUGAAAGGUGCUCCUCAUCGAAAGCACCCCGGUGUGACAAACCUCAAAACAGUGCGCCUACCGGAGCAACUGCAGGUAGCAGCACAAUCCGUCUUACAAAGUGCUGAUGUAAAAAGUCUGACUGAAAGGGCACAUAAGCUGUCCAACUUCCUUUGGAGCAGGAAGCGAGCGAUAGAAACUUCACAACUCAGGGAGAAAGCCACCCUUCUUGAGAGGACAUUUUUGGAGCAAGAGGGGGAUAUCCAUAAAGAUGGCAAUGACCACAAACUAGAGGCUCGAAUAAAAAACAGAGUAUUAUCUGAACUGAGAAGAACAACAUACCACAGGACUUCCCUAAGGUACAAUGAAGAUCUUGGGUUGGUGUAUAUGGCUGCUAGACUAGCAGGUGGUUAUGCUGCUGUCCUCAGAGCAUUAAAUGAGAUUAAGAAGAGAGAGCCUUUAUUUGUGCCACAUUCUCUAAUGGACUUUGGAUCAGGACUCGGAACAGGUACAUGGGCAUCACACUCACUCUGGGGAGACUCACUGAAGGAGUAUGUUUGUGUAGACAGCUCUGGAGACAUGAACACCUUGGCAGAACAACUUCUUAAAGGGGGCAGUGAGAUGGAUAACCCAGUAAUCCAGCAAGUAUAUUUCCGCCAGUUCCUCCCUGUUUCUCCUAAGGUGCAGUUUGAUCUUGUGGUAGCCGCUUUCUCUUUGUCAGAACUGGCCAAUCUGAACGAGCGACUGAAUGUUAUUUUCACACUUUGGAGAAAAACCAACUCCUACCUUGUAUUGGUGGAGAAUGGAACCAAGGAUGGCCAUCAAAUCUUAAUGGAGGCCAGAGACGCUAUACUUAACAGAGAAGAGGAGGUACAGCAUGACUUGAGGAGACCAUCUAUAUUUGCUCCUUGCACUCAUGAGCUGCCUUGUCCCAAGAUGAUCAAGCGACCUGUAGUACCUUGUAACUUCACUCAGUUCUACUAUUCUCUGCCCUUAUCUCGGAGCCAAGAGAGGCAGCAGGAGAAGUUCAGUUUCCUGAUUAUAUCCAGGUCCGAUGGAGAGAAGGCUCAGGAGACUGAGCACUGGGGCAUGGCCAGACUGAUCGCACAAGUCCGUCGCCGACCCAGACAUGUUCAGUGUCAGCUGUGCUGCGCCAAUGGAGAACUUAAACAACUCGCUGUUACAGCCCGUCAUCAUGGGAAGGACAUGUACAGAUGUGCUCGUAGCAGUGACUGGGGAGAUCUGCUGCCAAUAUUUCAUGCAGAAGAUUCCACUGAAAAUGACGAGACUCAAUGAGGCUACUACGAUAAUCUGUUAAUGCAGUGUUUGUGGAUUACAGUUGGAUUUUUGUAAUGUUUCUUUCCAAAUACACUAGUUGACCAAUGCAA